AUGGACUUCCCGGAACAGCUCCAACAGAAAGAUGGGGACGAAGAGCAAGAGGAGGACGUGUUGCCCAUCGGGCUCGGCAACGGCAACCAUUCGUUCAUGAACCUGAAUCAGAGCAUCUUCGGUCUCAUUGCUGCUGCCGGCCCCAAGGUCGACUUCCACGAUAGGUUCGAGGGCCACAGCAGUGAGGAAGAGGAGGCAGACGAGUCUGAUGAUGACGGAGCACAUCCCAAGCGCAAAGACGAUGCUGCCACGGGGAAACUGGCGAAGACCACAGUGCUUAAGCAGCCUGCGGCCAAGACCAGCAAACAACACCGCCGGAAGUUCAGCGAUAGCAAAUUGAUGAAGUCAGUUCCAAUAUUAUCCAAGUUGUCGACUAAGAGCCGUUCAAAGAAGGAGAGCAAGGAACACGUAUCUCAAAUCCAGGAGGAGUCGGAGCCGGAGUCCUCUGCUGGCGAUGGGCUGGCCAACGAAGAAAGCCGGCUGGCGCCGAUGAUGAGCCGGAUGCUUGAUGCGCGCGCCGAAAUGUCUGCACGCCCAAGUUUUGACAUAGAGCGGCGCUCGAUCGAUAGAAGGGGCGACUCGUCUGAGACCACAGACGCAGGCCCGUCCGAACUCUCGAAAAGGCUGCAGAAGAUCUUCGAAUUUGAGGAGCCGGAAGAGCUGAUUUCAGAAUACCCAUGCUGGCUGCUUCAAGGUGUGCUCCUGCAGGGCUAUAUUUACAUAACAUCUAAACACAUCUGCUUCUACGCAUACCUCCCCAAGAAAGCGGUCAGUCAGCCCGAGCCACACCCCGAGAAAACGUCGCUUACAAUAUACAAGCACGAGGUCACCAAGUCUGGCUACCUGUUCAAGUCUGGCAAGCGAAACCCCAAGUACAACAGGUACUGGUUCCGGCUCAAAGGCGAUGUGCUCUCAUACUUCCGCGAUCCUUCUAAUUUGUACCUUCCUCACGGUCAAAUCGAUCUGAGAUAUGGUAUCUCCGCUACGAUCACCGACAAGGACAAGGAUGGCCUUUAUUUCUCCGUCGAGACUGACCACAGGACGUAUCAUUUUCGGGCAGAUAGCGCACCCAGUGCGAAGGAAUGGGUCAAGUGUUUGCAGCGGGUCAUCUUCCGAAGUCACAACGACGGCGACAGCGUCAAAAUCAGCCUGCCGACCGCGAAUGUUAUUGACAUCGAAGAAACACAGAUGCUAGAGUUCGCGGACACUUGCAAGAUACGUGUCAUCGACAACGAUGAGACGUACGCUAUUGACGAGUACUUUUUCUCAUUCUUCAGCUUUGGAAAGGAGGCGAUCGGCGUUCUCAAGAUCCUCAUCGAGGAUGCGACGUCUUCUACCAACGACAGUCAGCCCAGGAAGCUCGACGUGCCGCCAACUGUCGAUGAAGCAGCUGCGUCAACUGUGCCGGCGUCGAAGAGGAGCUCCUCGACUGGCCUUCAGCCUGGCUUCCAGCCUGGUCUUGCGCCAAUACGCACUGCCAAGAUACGAGACAACGUGAGGGCUACACUCUCGCCCCUGUCCCCUCAAUCACCGCCGGGCCCCUCUCCUCGCGCUAGUGGUGAUUUCUCGAGGACCAGCUUUGAUGCGAUACGACAGUUCGGUCGAGGGAGUAGGGACGCGAGCCGUCACGAAAUUCCUCGGCGGAGUUACAGCAGAGACAGCCGGUCACAGAGUAGACACCGCCAUGGCCAUGAUGACGCCAAGUCCGGCGCAGACAAAUUCGCAUCGACAGACUCCAACGCCGAGUCGACCGAAGACCCAAGUAUAGCGAGCAUUUCAGCCAUGACGACGUCUGGAGAGAUGGACCAAUCGGCCAGUCAGAUCCUCAGAGGAAGUGAUGUCUUCCACAGCCCUACGGUCCGGAGGUCAGCCUCGGCCUCUAUGGGCAACGAGCGCGAAUCUCCUCGCAGCCCUCAUCACCAUGUUUCCACUGGCUCUAUCAACUCCCAAUACAGGCCUCGCCAUGCUGCUACUACAGGCCAGGCAAUUGACCUGUCUUCUGGCGACAAGAUGGAAGGCAACCCGUCGACUCCCACUCUACAGACAAUCAGUAAAAUGGGCUCGUAUCCGUUACAAAGAGUUGGCGCUUUUGCAGAAUACCUGGGCCGGCAUUCGAAACGAGUAGGCGGCCUGCUCGCUACUGAGUCCGUGGGCUACGCUGGAAAGAUGUCCGGGAUGUGGAAGGGCGGUCAGAGGCACUACGACGAGCCAGCUGCCUUGCGAACAGACGACGAAGCCGACGACGAGGAACAGGACAAGGUCUCUGAGCAGCGAUUUCAAGACCACUUCGCCCUGCCCAGGUCAGAAAAGCUCAGGGCGACCUAUUUUGGGUACUUCAUGCGUGUGCUGCCUCUUUAUGGCAAAGUCUACAUGAGCGACCGGAACUUUUGCUUCCGGAGUCUCAUUGCUGGGUCUCGCACGAAACUUAUCCUUCCAAUCCGAGAUAUUGAGAACGUCACGAAAUCGAGUGGCUUCCGUUUCGGCUACGCUGGCUUGGUAGUUGUGAUUCGCGGUCACGAAGAACUUUUCUUCGAGUUUGGAGAUUCCGCGCUGCGGGACGACUUGGCUGUCUUUUUGCUGAGGGGCAUCGAAGCUGCUAAGUUCUUGCGUGAGUCUGGAGAGCUAGAUAGUGAGGAAAAAGAAGAUGCGCAGAACGCCGAGGAAGAACACAAAGCGCUUGAGGAAGCUCGGCAUGACGAAUUCCCUGACCACGAGAUCGCUCUCCCACGCCAGACUUCAAAUGUUUCCGACGGACCGACCAUCAUAUUCGAUGAUCCAAAAGCAUCUUUCAUCAACUUCAAGCCCGAAAAGUCUCUUCGCAUCACCUGCCUAACUAUUGGUUCGAGGGGUGACGUGCAGCCCUACAUUGCGCUCUGCAAAGGAUUGCUUGCCGAAGGUCACAAGCCCAAGAUCGCCACGCACGCCGAGUUCAAGGACUGGAUCGAGGGGCAUGGCAUCGAGUUUGCUCCUAUCGAGGGCGAUCCCGGCGAGCUCAUGCGGCUGUGUAUCGAGAAUGGCACCUUCACGGUAGCCUUCCUCCGAGAAGCCAGCUCGACUAUGCGAAACUGGCUGGAUGGUCUUCUGGCCAGCAGCUGGUUAGCUUGCAAGGGCUCCGACGUCCUCAUCGAAAGCCCGUCUGCCAUGGGAGGCAUCCACAUUGCUGAGAAGCUCUGCAUACCCUAUUUCCGGGCCUUUGGUAUGCCAUGGACGAGGACAAGGGCCUAUCCACACGCCUUCAUGAUGCCUGAGCGAAAGAUGGGAGGUGCCUACAACUUGGUCACCUAUGUUCUUUUCGACUCCGUCUUUUGGAAGUUCACCGCGCACCAGAUCAACCGGUGGCGCAACAAGACCCUGGGCUUGCCAAACACCAGCCUCGAGAAGAUGCAGCCCAACAAGGUCCCCUUCUUGUACAACUUCUCUCAACACGUCGUGCCCCCGCCACUGGACUACAGCGACUGGAUCCGUGUCACAGGGUAUUGGUUUCUCAAUGAAGGCGGCGCAGACUGGACACCCCCAGCAGAUCUGGUAGCCUUCAUUGAGAAGGCCAGGAAAGAUGACAAAAAGAUCGUGUAUGUCGGAUUUGGCAGCAUCAUCAUGGACAACCCUGCCAAAUUCACCCGCGAGAUUAUUGACGCCGUUCUGAAGGCGGAUGUGCGGUGCAUUCUAAGUAAGGGGUGGAGUGACCGUCUGGAUCCCAAGUCUGAGGAGGCGCAGAAGAUGGGCGCUGGCGACGGUGACGACUCUACCAAGGGUACCAACGAUGGAAAGAGUGGCACAACUGAAAUUCCACUGCCGCCUGAAAUUUUCCCCAUCAAGUCUGCUCCUCAUGACUGGCUGUUCAACCAAAUCGAUGCCGCGGCACACCACGGUGGCUCUGGGACAACAGGCGCGAGCUUGCGAGCUGGUAUACCGACGAUAGUACGUCCGUUCUUUGGCGACCAGUUCUUUUUCGGAAACCGCGUCGAUGAUCUCGGUGUUGGUAUUCUUCUCAGGAAGUGGGGUGUGAACUCUUUCGCCAGAGCGCUGUGGGAGGCAACACAUUCGGAGAGGAUGAUUGUCAAGGCCAGGGUGUUGGGAGAGAACAUUCGAAAGGAAAACGGUGUCGACACAGCCAUUCAAUGCAUCUAUCGCGACAUGGAGUAUGCCAAGUCCCUCAUCGAGAGGAAGGCAGGCAGGAAUGCGGCUGCAGCCGAACGAGCCGCGACGUCGGGCUCCGACGACAUGGACGACGAAAUCGAGGAGGAGAGCUGGACGUUCAUAGGAGAUGACACCGGACCGGACGAAAACGACCUGGAUAUCGACGGUGUCAUGAGACGAAGCCAGCUCCUCAUGCCCCUUGGUUCGCCCGAAGGCCCAUCCGCGAGGAACAAGUCGCUCGGAAGCAAGGCACUCAUGAGCGGCAACAACCCCUUGAUGAUGCCAGGUGCUAAUCCUGCAAAGAUACCGACGGCACAGCGCAGCCCGCUCAGCCCGCCGAGGCAGAGCAGCACAAGUAACGACAGCGCAAAGGAGAACGACCGCGGGCGAUAG